AUGUCUUCUUCUCAACUCCUCUUCGAGCUACUCUCCUCACUUCCACCUCAGAAUAUCUCCGGACCAACACCACUAGCCCCCGACACCGACCCCGACAUAAACCUUACGGAGCUUGAUUCGUCCGAGUUCAAGAGUUUCUUAUCGACUGAUCCGACCUCUUCAUUCGUUUCGCCAUCAUUGUCGCCAUCUUCGCCAUUCUUGCCUUUGCAUGGUGAUCGCUUUGUUGUCCGAAGUGGAUUCGUUAAGAAAGUGUCCACCGUGUUGCAGGGAGCGACAAAACGACGUAAUAGCACCGGCGACAGUCUUGCCUCUUUGCUUCAUACUUCAGGAAGUAACGCAUAUAUGACUGUUCGUGCGCGAUCAGUAUCUCCGAGGGACUCUCCUGCUAAUAGUAGCGGGCCGGUGCCGACAGAGCAGGAUCCGGAUUACAUUCAGGAGCAUAUUAAGGUCGAAGAGGAUGUUGAAGAGUUUGUUUCGGAUGCGGAUGAGGUUGAUCCAAGUGAGCUGAAGAUCGAUCAUGGUAAAAGAUCUAGAAAGAAGAGGAGGGAUAUAGAUGCUACAUACAUUCCGGGGAAAGAUGACGAUGAAGAUGACACUUUCAACCCAGAUUCAAAUGGGAUUGAUCCCAGUGAGCUCAUCGACAGGGUUGCGAAGAAGAACAGAAAGAGGAAACCUGGUGUGGAUGCUACAUACAUGCCAGGGAAAGAUGAUGAUGGUGAUAGCAGUCAGGACAAUGAAGCAACCGCCAGGGCUCCCAAGAAGAGAAGGGUGAUACCAAACUCUGCAUUAGUAUCGUCUGUCAAUGCCCGCCAUCUGACUCCUGAGAAGCCGAUAGAAACAGAGUUCCCCGUUACGCCGUCUGCUCAAAUCGAUCCUGUGUAUCAACAGGGGAUGACUCAGUUCCCACAAAUUGAUAAUGGAACGACGGAUCUAGGUGCAAUCCCAUAUCCGACGCCGGAUACUCUUCGAAAGAAAAGUACAACCAAAGCUGGAACGGCUUCGUCUGCGGUCCCUCAUGCUCGCCAUGUCCCGAAGAAGACUCCGAAAAAGGAAAAUGAGGAGUACGUUCCAGGUGAAACUAUGUUUCCCGAACCAGAGGCGACUCCGAUAAAGUCUAUCGAGGCCGAAAAUGCAAAUACAGCCUACUUGACCGAGGAUGAUAACGAAGAGUAUCAAGACCGGCCCAUCCAUCAUACUGAGAAGACAGGCAUCGUCUUUGACUUUUCAGUAGAAAGAGCCAAGCGCUGGGCCAGCGCAAUCAAUGUGCCAAAGGGUCUCUUCAAUGAGGAAGAAAAGGAUUUGUUCUUUCGCCUUGCCAUGCGCGGCUUUGAGCCGGUUGUCCCGAGAAGCUGGCGAUAUGACUUUCCGACACUGCCAGAAUCUUUAUAUCCUAGGAGCUCCGAGGCGAGUGACAAGCCAAUUAUCGACGUCACUCGAAGCUCGAAUCUCUACGGUGAGCUUUCAUGGAACGUACUGCGUUGUGAGACAGAUGCUAAUGGUUAUCCAGCUAUCAAAGCCUUGACAAGUCUGUUUGCCGUCGGUGGCCGUGUCCGCGACUGUGACAUUCUACUCCAACAACCCGAACCCUUGAUCAAGCAAGCAAUCCAGAAAUACAUCCACUGGGCUCUCUUUGACGUCGAGUUAGACACUAUGCAAGAUGCACUGCCAGUUCAUGUGAUAUAUGCUCAGAAGAAAGACGAAAAGACUAUCAAAGCCGUCCGGAAGAUGAACACAAAGCUCCAAAAGCUUACCCGGCGACACCAAGAAGAACUCGGCGUGACAAUCAACAACGCUCCAGACAAGAAGGUGGCGAAGAUACUGGAGGACACCAAAUUUCCCCUUCUUACUGGGUUCAUCAUCUGCGGCCCCAUCGUCGCCAUCUUGACCCAUAGUACUGAUCCUCGAGAGAUCGGUAACGGCGAAGAAGAUGGUCGGUUCAUCUCUCAUUUUGACUUGUCGGAACGCGGUCAGGACGUGUGGAAUUCCCUGGCUAUUGCUAUUACGGUGAUGCAUGUUCGUCGGACUAUGUUGUCGCUGGCGCAUCAGGGGAAGGGGAGUUAUCAGCCUGGUCGGAAGCGUAGCGCUUUGGCAUUUGAUGUCGAUCGUUAG